AUGACAGAACCCGCUGCAUUCACCCUAUCUUUCGUCGGCGAUGUAAUGCUCGGUCGUCUCAUCGACCAGUUCUUCCCCGAACAUGUCCACAGCGAGAACGACCGCCACAAUGCCGACCACUUUAGGAAAAGAUAUCCAUCCAUCCUCGGGGAUGGCAAUUACACCCCCUCUUCGCCAUGGGGAACGACUCUCCCCCUCCUCCGCGCCUCAGACCUCUUCCUCAUCAACCUGGAAACAUCCGUCACAACAACCCCAGAGCCCUGGCCCAACAAAGUAUUCAAUUACCGCAUGCACCCAUCCAAUCUUGCCCCGAUAUUACACGCCGCACACGUAGACUACGCCAGUCUCGCCAAUAAUCAUACCCUGGACUUCGGGAAUGACGGACUCAUCGAGACAGCCUGGACCCUCCGCAACGCCGGCAUCGCAUUCACAGGUGCGGGCGAGUCCCCAGAUCAAGCCUUCAAACCAGCCGUCCUAUAUCUCCCCCGCCAAACCCAAGAAAUCCAAUCCAGACGCGUAGACGGCGCAAAAACGAUUCCCACAAAAGAAAAAACCACCAACGCCAAAGAAACGGGCUAUCUCGUCCACGUCUACUCCGCCGCAGACCACCCAAGAGACUGGGCCUCAAUCCCAGCAUUCCAUAUCCUAGAUUACUCGCCCGCAACACGAACCCGUCUCCGCACCCUCCUCCUAUCAAACGGGUCAAGAACGGAUCACCCACCACCAAAAGCAGACUCCGAACACGACUCCGAAGAAGAAUCAGACGUCUACCACCACCGCGCACACCAUCACCACAAUCCCGCUCCGACUCCGGAGUCACGGCCCGCACUGAAGAUAUUCUCUGUGCACUGGGGCCCUAAUUACCGCUGGCACCCGGCGGAUAGGAUCCGGUCGUUGGCGCAUUUCUUGAUUGACGAGUGUGGCGUUGAUAUUGUGCAUGGACAUUCGUCGCAUCAUGUGCAGGGGGUGGAGGUUUAUCGGGGACGGGUAAUUGUGUAUGGGUGUGGGGAUUUUGUAGACGAUUAUGCAUUGAAUAGGGAGUUUAGGAAUGAUCUUGGGGCUGUGUGGAGGGUUGUUGUUAAACAGGUGGAGAAGGAGGAGGGUGAUGGGGGUGGGAGGGGAGGAGUCGUGCUUGAUCGAUUGGAGAUUUUUCCGACGAGGGUUGAGAAUUUCAGGGCUAUGUUGCUGGAUGUUGGGGAUAGGGAUCAUGCGUGGGCUAGGGAGAGGAUUGAGGAGCUUAGUCUGGAGUUGGGGACUAAGGUAAGAGAGGAGGCUGGGGAUCAGGGGCAGAUUGUUGUUGAUAUUGAUGGGUAG